GUUUUAUCUUCGUGAACCAGUUACCAGUAUAUAUAAAUAAGUCCUGUAAUAAUCGCUAGUUUACUCAAGGAAUCUUCAAGAUGUGGAGUCAAAUCGCUGUCCUUUGUUCGGUUUUACUUUAUACGGUGUAUUCGCAAACUGCAGGUGAUUGUGUUUGUGUACCAUAUUAUCAAUGCAGAGCCAAUGGGACAGUCAUUACCGAUGGAGAAGGACUACUCGAUGAAAGACUUGGUGAUUCAUGCCAAAACUGCAAAUGCGAUGGCAUCGAGAUUUGCUGCCUCCUCCCCAAGAACGACACCGUUGGCCCUCGCCAACCCGAUAACUUGACAUCUUGUGGCUACAGCAACCCCGAUGGCAUCGGUCGCGUGAGCGCCGAAGGCAGCGAAUCCCUCUUCGGAGAAUUUCCAUGGAUGGUACAACUGUACGAAGACGGAGCCUACCGAUGCGGGGGCUCCUUGAUCCACCCUUCCGUCGUCCUGACGGCUGCUCAUUGCGUCAGGUUCUCCCACAACAGAACCUACACUGUACGGGCCGGCGAAUAUGACACCUCAGGUACCAACGAAAUUAUGAAGCACCAAGACCGUGACGUGUCCUCCAUCAAGGCCCAUGAAGGAUUCAGAGAAAAAAUUUACUACAAUGACAUCGCCUUGGUGUUUUUGAGCGAACCUUUGCAGCUUAAGCCACACAUCAACCUCGCGUGUUUGGCACCAUCAGGGGGUAUUUCCACGAAUACCAGAUGCUACACGACUGGUUGGGGGAAGCCUAAAUUUGCUCCAAAUCAGAGUUCUUCGACCAUUUUGAAGAAGGUUGAUCUGCCUUUGAUUGGGAGACCUGAUUGUCAGAAAGCCUUGAGAAAGACAAGAGUGGGGCAGUAUUUUAAUCUUCACGAAAGCUUCAUCUGUGCGGGAGGGGAGAAGGAUAAAGAUGCGUGUACUGGAGAUGGGGGUGGUCCUUUGUUUUGCCCUAUUGAGGAUCAGGAGAAUAGGUUCCAACAAAUAGGGGUAGUGGCCUGGGGUAUUGAAUGUAAUAUGGAAGGGGUUCCUGGAGUGUAUGCGGAUGUUUCGGUUUUGAGGAAAUGGAUUGAUAAAGAGAUGUCUUCUAGAAAUUAUGAAACUAACGUGUACCAGCCCAGUUAAUUUUGAGGCGGUUUAUACAACUACUGGUUUUAGUCAGCCUUGAACAUUUAUGACCGGUGUCAGACGUUCCAGACCCCAGAUUUACGUCAUUUAAUUGGAUUUUAUUUCAUUAUUGUGAUAUUGCUGUAAUAAUAUGUAUGUUUUUCGUGUACUCAAUAGAAAAGUGCGUCUUUGUUUUAUAGAAAAUGAUAAAGAAAAGUGAUACUUCUCUUAGCAACACUUUUCCAGUUAGCAACCAACAAGCAUUAAUCUCUUCCGUUUCUAUUGAUUCUAUUAUUGUUUUAAGUACCUGUACGUGUUCAUAUGGUGUAUUUAUUUCAAUUUUUUUGAAAAAAAUCACAUUUUAAUUUCAAACAGUUGUAAACUGCUACAGAUUUCAAAUGUUAAGCAAACUCUUUAAAUCAAAUUUUUCUAAGAUUAUUCUUCAGUUUUUCAGUGUAGUA